AUGGCGCAAGAGCCGAAAGCAUCAAGCGGCCCUUUAGAGACGCUGCAGACUCAAAUACCUCACCAUCGCCGACUUAGACCUCCGGACUUACAAGUCAUCACCAGCGACGACCAGCGCGUUCCGCUGAAGCCCGAAACGAAGCUUGGCCGCCGUGAGUCGAGAUUAGGGCUGCGAGGACUCUUCGGCCGCGCGAAGACAGGAAAGGAUGUCGAUGUUCCACCAUCGCCGAGUCAACUGUCGAAACCAGGAGGUAUACGUGCCUCGUGGUGCACCUCAAAGCCCGAGCUCCCCACCGGUCUCAGUCCGUCAACGGCCUACGGCGCCUGGAGCCGCUAUGAGGCCCAGCCGGCGCUGCGACCGGUUAGGAGCAGCGUAGUUGCCACCUGGGAGCCUCCACCGCUGUUUCAGGCGUAUCCCCAAGCGCUUCGCCACGCUCAGCUUCCGGCCUGUACACAUUCUGCCGAUACUAUCCUACGAUUAAGCGACAAGAGAAACGCCCAAAAUGAGCUCGACGCUGGUGACGAUAUCUCUGCCGCGGAGAGGAGGAGAAAACACCGAAGGAAUCUUUCUAAUAUGCUUGAAUGGACGACUAAGAUCUACGUGCUAGUCACUUCUGGCUAUCUGCUGCAAUAUUCGGGGAAGGGCCUUUCGACCGCCUUCCUGAAAGAAUACUGCACCUUGGAAAGGGAUCCGCGGCUUUUGCCAGCGAUGUUAUUCCGGGCCGACACUGGCGCAGAAGAUAUGGACGCCUGGCUCACAAUGUUGCGACGCGAAAUCGAGGGCCUCGGUGGAAAGAGGCACCUCUCCGAGACGGGCAAGCCAAAGCCUAACGACCCCAACUCCGAAAUCGAAUCUCAGCAAAGCCAGCGCACCUUGGUGGUCAGGGAUCCGACUCGCUUUUCUCGGGUAAUCCAACCCGACGAAGUGCGGUGGCAGCGUGACCGCGCCGAAACCGUAACCAGCAGUGAAGACGCUGAAGGGUCGGUCACCGUUGUAGAGGCCCUGACACCGGAGCAGUCAACAGACGAUUUAUCGACAACGAACAGCGUGGUCUCGCACGAUGGCAGGCAACUCGACAGUCUCCGAGAUAGCACAGGGGCAAACCGCCUUUCUUACAUCUCAUCCGGGCAGCGUACCAUCAUCACCUCGGCGGGCUCGUCGCCGGCUUGUUCCCCAACUAGAGACACGUUCGCGAACCAUUUUGAUGACACCCCUAUCAGGGAUCCCGUGCCUGAGGUCCGUCUCCGGCCGAACGCGGCAGCCAUCGCCGAUCGACGGCAGUCAAUGCAAACCAUCCAUCCCUUUAUCGAUCCCCUUGCACGACCUCACUCCACCUAUACCUCAAGUCCGCUUUCCGACCCCACGGCGAUGUACGGUCCAACGACGCCAAACUUUAGCGUACCACACGGCGUUAGCAGAAGGUACUCGCUGGUUAAACCUUCGAUCGUAGAGGCUGCGGCUCAAUCUCCGCCGCUCGUGCCCGAGCCGCCGCAUCAACAAGGCCUCCCCUCGCUCUCAGAGAUUGAGCCUCCUCAGCAUUCUGCUUCGACGGCUGAGUCAAGUAGCCCUAGUCUGAAUGAGCCUACGAUCGUCGUCAACAUUUCGCCUCCUCCUCUGUCCCCUCCCGCGAUACAAGCCGAAAGCAUGGAGCCGCCAUCCAAUGCCCAGUCUGAGGGAUCUGGAAAAGGCAUGGACACUCAUGAGCGGUCACUCAAUGUGACGCCGCCGAGAAAGGCUGCCUCCAUGCAGGCCCUUCGAGCAAGCAUGGACGGAACCCUCCGCUUCCAAGACUCGCCCACUCCUUCCCUCCCCAUCCAAUCUAAUGUCGAGGCUGCCGAGGCCCAUGCUGGCGGCCACUUGUCUGUCGAUAAGUCCCAGGCCAUCUUGAACCGGAGAAGCAUGCCCCAGCUUGUUGAAGGACCGCCGCCAGCCCCACCACCAACCUGCGCUCUCCCGCCUAUCCCCCAGAAACGUGUCAAGGUUUAA